AUGUCCACACAAUUAUUGGAAUGGCUAUAUAAGCACGGACUUUAUUAUCAUAAAUUAUUCCUAAUCUUUCCAUACUGGCCUUCAAAAACUUUUCGGUCUUAUGGGCUCAAUGGUGGAGACUUUAUUAUUGAGAAUAAAAAAGUGAAAUUCGACUCUAAAGAAGCCUUCAUUGAAUUCAUUGAUAAUUGCCAAAAUUCGCUUAGAAAUCCUGUUAUAAUAUUAGAUAUGAAAGAAAUUCUAGAUACUUUACCAACACCAUCAAAACUUGGAGAACCUGAAGAAUGGUUAUCAUUGGAUACUCACCCUCGUGAUCUUGAACAUAUCUUUGACAAAUAUGGACGUCUUAAUCGAUUGGAAGUGAAACGAGGUUACGCUUUUGUUGAAUAUCAAGACGAGAGAGAUGCAUCUGACGCAAUGAAAGAAACUGAUGGUUUGCGAGUACGCGGAAAUCGUAUUGUUGUUGAAUGGGCAAAAAAUGGUGGUAGAAAACCAGCCGAAAAUCAGUGCUUUAAGUGUGGUAGAGAAGGUCAUUGGGCAAAGGAUUGCCGUUCGAGCCGUAGAGAAAGGCGAAGGAGCAAGAGUCCAAGAAAAAGAAAGACAAUUGUUAGGUUUGGGGAGAAGUUCAAUUUGUUAAAUCAGCUAGACCAUAGUCAGUGUUCGACGAAUCCGUUUCAACCUGCUUGGGACAGGAGGAUGAGCCUACAUUUUUUAUUGGAAUUUAAUUGUUCCGCGGGAAGAAUUAUAUACUAUUCAAAAGACUACCAGAGUAUCAGUCCGACCAACCUAAGAUUAUUGAAUAAUGGUGGUUUAAAACCCUGUCCGUAUCUGAAAGCUCUCGGAAAUUUGAAUGGUCGAAAUAUUGAAUUCCGUUUCAAAGAAUCACCGUCAGCUUUCUUUCCCGCCGAAAUAUCUCGUUCUCGUUCACCUAAGCGAUCAUUAACACCUGCAAGACGUGAUCGUGAUGAUAGAUAUUAUAGGAGAUAUUCUGAUGAUGAAAGAGAUAGGAGGCAUAGUCAUGAUGACAGACGUUAUUCGUAA